UGACUACAUCAGCCCAUAACAAAUGUCCACACAUGUGGAAGAAAAUCUGUCAGGCGAUUGAUUUAAUAGGUUGGUCAUGUCUGUCGCCAUCUGUAGAACAAUUAGUCAGAUUAGUGCCUCACUUAUAGCCAGAUCAAGCCAGUCAAAGUUGGGAUAUUUUCGCGCACCAUACCACAAGUGUUUCAGCAGCACUCAAAUCAAAAUGUCCAACACAGAUAAUGUAUUAGCUGGAUUGGAUGAAACUCAAGUUAAAUUGAUGCAAGAGGAAUGUAUUCUAGUUGAUGAAAAUGAUAAAAAUACUGGUUCUGCUUCUAAAAAAGAAUGUCAUCUGAUGGAAAAUAUUAAUAAUGGUAUGUUACAUAGAGCAUUUAGUGUGUUCCUCUUUAAUACCAAAGGUGAAUUAUUAUUACAACAAAGAUCCACAGAGAAAAUCACAUUUCCAGAUCAUUUCACAAAUACUUGCUGUAGUCAUCCAUUAAACAGAGAGGGUGAAGUAGAUGAACUGAAAGCUAUAGGAGUUAGACGUGCUGCUCAAAGAAAGUUACAACAUGAAUUAGGCAUAGUACCACAACAGGUACCAUUAGAAGACUUCCAGUAUAUAACUAGAAUAUUAUAUAAAGCUGACAAUGUUCCAUAUGAUGGGAAAUGGGGUGAACAUGAAAUAGAUUAUAUUUUAUUUAUUCAAAAAGAUGUAGAUGUAAAACCCAACUAUAAUGAAGUGAAGAGUCAUAGAUAUGUUUCACAGAUAGAACUCAAAAAAUUAAUAGAAACAAGUGAACAGAAUGGUUUGUUGAUUACACCAUGGUUUAAACUAAUAGUUGAAACAUUCCUUUAUAAAUGGUGGAAUAACUUAUCUAAUCUACGAUCUCAGAAAGACAUAGAUACAAUCCAUAGAAUGGUUUAAAUAGUUGUAUGUGUGUAAUACCAAGCCUAACUUUAAUGCUAUAAAGUGAAAUGGACAUGGCAUGUAAAUAUGAAUGACAAUGUAGAGAUUAGGUUUCUUUCAAUUAAUUAUGGGUUUGCAAACCACAAAUUCAAACAAAAUAUUUACCUGUAACAAUAUUGUGGUGGUGAGAACACACUAUACUUUAAAUGAAAAAGUAGAAUUAGGCUUGGUAUAUUGAAUCAAAAAAACAUAUGAAAAUAUUGAAUAUAAAAACUAUCCCGGCAGGAACUAUGGACAGCUCUUCAAUCAACUGCACUGAAAUAUGUAGACAGAAACCUCUACCUCUAUUCAAGCCUCUGAUAGCUAUUUUGAAAGUUUUUGGUGGAGGUAUGGAACUGAUCCCCCAAUUAGGACCUUAUUCCAGCUAAAAACUGUCAAAAUAUCUAUCCAAGGCUGGAAUAGAGGCAGAUGUUUAGACUAUGAAAUAUGGUGAUGGUGUUUGGUAUGUGAUAUGUAAUUUUAGAAGUGAAAAUUAAUCAUUGCCCUUAACUUGGUUAUUCUCAUGCAUUUAAAAGGCAUAUCUCCUUUUGACUAAGAACUAUUUGUAGACAACUGAUACCAUAAGGUGAAUCAUAAUUUAAAGUUUACUAGCAAGUUGCAUGUGGUAAUUGAAAUUAUGGAACAUAGCUGAAAAAAUUGGCAUGCUGAAUAUUGUUUGUUUACCUAAUCCAUGGACACAUAUAGUAGCACCACAAAAUCACAAAGCAUUAGAGUCCCACCUUUGGGGCCCAAUUUUUUUUUCAUAUAUCUUUAUUUUGUCUUCUUUGUUAUUGUAUUAAAUCUUUUAAAACGUUAAAUAUUGACUAACUG